GUGGGAGCGAUGUUCACCAAGCAUGACUGAUUACCGCUAUCAUUAUAAUCGAUCUCCAUCAGAAUUCGAUCAAUAGAAAGUCUGGAGACGAUCAAUAUCGCUAGCGCGGCGGGGCGAAUUUUGACGGCGCCGAUCACUCGUCUCUAGCCGAAUGUGAACGGUCAAUGCGUGACGUCCUCUUCAUCAUCAUCUGUAUAUUCUGCGUAUGCGACCGUAACGAAGCCACCGUAUUCUCUAAUUCGUUGAAAACCUGUCAGCUUUAUUGUUCUGAAAGAAAUCUAGCUUUCCCAUUAGCUCGCGGUAAAUUCUCAUGGGAUCAAGAAGAAUUAGCUAAAUGCGAUUAUAGUUGUAGAGUGAAUUCGUGUCAUCAUGGUUGUAGAGACUUGGACGAACCGUUGUCGAAGUGUGAGAGUCGUUGUAACGCCGAAGAUGUAGCUUUCGACAGUUGUUUCCAAGGAUGUUACGCAGUGGAACAUGCUUUUCUCGUGCAGGCCCAAGAACUUUUAUAUCAAGUCACAGUGACUAUUGAUGCCCUUGGCGGAAGUUUGCGUCUCCGCUGGCAAUUUCCAGAGUCUGUCCAGGCAGAGGUGCAAGAAGUCGCAGCAGCUGAUGUAGGAUGGUAUGCUCAGACGAGACCUUCGGGAGAAAAAAAGGGUUGGAAAUGGUCACCACUACCAGUAACGGCAUUUCGCAAUGCCACGCUUGCGUCCGAAGUAAGCAUACCACUUGAACCAACAUCACAACUCCAAGUGCGACUGGCUCUCGUCUACCGCAGUCGAGUUGGCGUAUCCCGCAUUAUUACCUAUCAAAUGCCGCUUCGUGUAGUGCCCAGUAGAAUAGAACUAACUUCCCAACUUCAACUAUCAAGUGAUAAAGUCGCUAUAUGCUGGAAAGGCGAACCAUCAAUGGUACAGUUCAAGGUUUCGCUGGCGACAUUAGAUGGUAACCCGCUUUUCACAGAUACGACAGACAAAAGGUGUUAUUUAUUAGAGAAGUUGGCAAAAGAAAACUGUUGCCGGGCUACGAUUAUGGAUGUAACUACGGAGGAGCAAGGGCAUUCUGCUAGCGUCAAACUGGAUCUUGUGCAACCCACAGCAACCCCAUCAGAGGAAAGCGGCCAAACAAGUUCUCGCCUCGUCUUUUCCACUGGAUCAAAACUUUUUCAAAUGCGAAGUGCGGAUAAUUACAUUGUAUCUGAGGAAGAGCUACUGACAAUUCCGUUUGAAAUUCCAGAAGGAGAUUCAAUAACGAGUCUCGAAGGGGUCUCCUCCACUUCGCUUGUGGUGGGUAGCAGCCGUGGCUCAGUAUGGUUGCUUUCCUUAGAAUACAAUGACACAGUGGUGUCCACAACGCCAACAGUGAUCCGACAGCCAGAUGAAGCCUCUUCGGAUGAGGGCGGCCAUCCAGUGACACAGAUCAAAUAUGAUUUUAUGCAAAACGCCAUCUACGUUGCUCUAUCCGACAAAGGCAUUGCGCGGUGUACACUAGAAAAUCCCAGCUGCUUUCUUCUGGCGAACACCGACUCCUCCAACAUUAGGAAAAACAUAGCUGUAGACAGCGUGAAUGGAUUCCUAUACUUUCUCAAUGAACACCAGGUAUAUCGAACAGAGUUAUUUCCCUUCGACGUAGUAGAAAAUUACCAGAUUUCUAAUGUUGUUCCAAUCACAGAUAUUCCCCCAACAUUAGCGAUCGAACUGGAUGAUGAAAAAUUUCAACUACUUGCAGCACUGGAAAAUGGCACCAUCCUUGCCAAGAACUUGAUCUCGGGACGACUAGCUGUUAAGCGAAAUGGAGAGUUUCCCACAGUAAAGCGGCUACUGAUCGACAGAGACCGCCUGUUCUGGUUGCGCGAAAAGUGUGGAGACAGCCCGCAGGAUGAGAUGUGUUUCUAUUCUGAGUAUACUCAGAAGGAUGGUAGUGAAACACACUUCAUCAGAUACUUCUACUCCGGUAAAUUAGUGGACUUUACGAUACUUAGUGACCCAACGCUACCACCUACACUGACCCCACCUGAGAAAAUCGGACUGAUUAUGAGCGAUACAAAGGCCAAAGUUAGCUGGAUCCCUCCAGCAAAUCUACCUUUCCAAGCAUCUAGUAAUGACUGGAGAAACAUCUCGUACGAGGUUCGUCUCAUAACCCAGGACACCCCUAACACUCCAGUAGCCGGGAAAAUAAGCAACGAGACAUCUGUGACCAUGGCUGUGAUUCCUGGCGCAGAAUAUACGGCUUCUGUUCGGGUAUGCUGGAAUUCUGUGUGCUCUUCUUUUGUAAAUGUAAUCAACUCUGCCUUCAUACCAUUCAAAUAUCAACCACUGGCAUUCCUCAGGAGAUCGAACGAGCUGACGUCUGUACUUGAUGUGCUGGGAGAAGAUAUGCAAGGCGAACAUAUAAUCAAAGUCUUCCAACCUUGUUGUGAUGGGAUAAUGUCAUUUGACAACACCACGCAAACUUUUUACAACGUUGAUUCCAGCGAGGGGAGCAUUGUAUUCCAUCGAGUGCCUGAGCCUAACGAAGUGUACAUAUUCACUAGUUAUCUCACAUUGAAAUUUAUCACAGUGCUUGCCAGCCGUGCAAUGCUGGUACUUGCGUCCUCCUACCAGAUCAUCAGCUAUCGUCUGACCGGAGCAGUGGAGCAUGUUAUAUAUUCGUGUUCUCACGCCAUUGAUGACUGCGCCGAGAUCAUUGGGCUUUCAUCGGAUGAUCAGACAGGGGAAAUCCAUUUCUUGGCACAGUAUCCUAAUGGGACUAUGGCACUCUUUGAACUCAACCAGGAGGAUAGAACUCCACAUUUGCUUUCAACGUCAACAGACUUGCCAGCCAUUCGACAACUUCUAGUCACAAACGAAAAGGUGAUAUUUGUGACGCAGAAGGGCCGCGUAGGGCAGUGCGACAAGAAACUGGGAUCCCUCAACCUCAACUACGCCCUUUCCGAGGUCGGCACAGUCAUCCCACUUAACCCUGAGGCUGGUUCCAACCGUGUAGAAGUACAAGUAGACAGCAUUAUUAUGAACGAACUUAAGAAGGAUGAGCUGUCUUGGGUUGUUGAGCCCCGUCAGGAGCCUGGCAUGGUCCUCUAUAAAGUUUCAUUGUACAAAGAGAAACUUGUUGGUGAUGCUCACACAGCUGUCACCACAAUGACUAAGCUGACUCUGCCUACAGAAUUGCUGCAGUCUUGGUCUUCGGCUCAGAAAUUUGAUGCGAACAUCGCUGCUAUCAAUGCAUGGAUGUCCGUGAAUACCAGUAAGACCGGACUACAGGCCCCACUAAAACCACCUACCGUGCCAACAAACGUUCGCUUGUACGCAACUCAACAGAGAACUGUAGAUGGUGCGCGAGCAAUAAUAUCCUUGUUCUGGUCGCCACCAACAGAAUGGAACGCUGCGCCAUUUCAGUACCUCAUCAACUGCACAAAAGAUGACGGAACCUCGGAAGCUAAGCCAGUGCCAGCCACAACAACCCAUUAUUCCUUCGAAAUGAAAAGCGGAAAAGUCGACUGCUCGGUAGCAGCUGCGAAUGAACGUAACAAUGUGGGGGAGUACACGGCGAAGGUAUCCAUUGAUAGUAGCGAACUCAGACCGCUUGUUCGCUUAUUCGCCAUCGACUCUACAAAUGAGCUUAUUGCCAUAACCAACGUUACUCAGGAUGAGCCUACUAAGCAUCGAGUCGUCUCAAAUAUGGAGUAUCAAGCCAUCGCUUUUAUUGGAGACGAUCUAUUCGCAGUCAGAAAGGAGCACGAUUCUCUUCAGCCCGUACUUCUCCAGAUUGACACCAACGAUAUUAACACGUUUAAGCGUAAGGCUUCGAUUGGUGGAGAUGUAUCGCGAGUGGACGCUUUGACCUCGGACUGGGUUGGAAAUCGCUUAUUAUUAGUGUCCGGUCAGGCCCUCUACCAACUUGUUUUGGACGACUUCAAAGACAGCUCGUCAUCGCUUAUGCCACGGAAGUUGAUUGACCUCACCACCGGGGCUACGGACGCUAAAUUGCUUACAUUCGAUCCGUUUAAAAACACCGCUUACCUGUUAACGAAAAACGGAUCACUCUUUUCACUAAACCUCUCAAGAAGUCACGAAAAGAACUUGGCCUUAGCUUCUUCACCUAAAAUCUAUGCGCUCACCUGGAAUGGACUGGUAAUGAUUGAUGUGGAAGAAAACAAUAAGUGCAACGAAGUACGCAUUGAUUGGAAUAAGUUUGGAGGAAGGGGGCUAAGAGCUAUGUCUGCAUUCGCGAUAGCAGACAAAGUAUUCGUUUUCGUAACAUCGUCUGAGAUGCUCAUUUAUGGAAAGGAGGUCACCAUACCAAUAGAGUUUCCUCCACUGCGUCAGAUCCUCGCCGUUAGUCAGAGUAGCCAGCCCUAUCCAGAUCGAUCUUGUUUCAUAUUGCCAUCGUCAGCAGGAAUACAAUUCAAUGUUGCAAAUGAAGGUAAAACAGGAGCUUUCGUGGAGAUGUCGAAGCCGCCCCCUACAAACGUUUGCCACGGAAUAUCAUUACCGCAAACAUGUUACGAUGUGUAUUUCACGCGUAAAAACAGUGACAAAAAGAGACAGUUUCGCAAUUGCAUGGACAAAAUGCAUGUGGAAAAUGGUGUCCUUGAUAAAGAGACAGACUACGAGGUUAAGGUGGCUUGGUCUAAUCGGUAUUCCGACAUAACCGAUUUUUCGGAAGCGAAGCCGUUCCGAACUGGAUUCGGUUACCCAUCAGCCCCUCGCGGUGUUCAAGCAGUGGCUGUGACCCCGGAUACGGUAUAUCUUUAUUGGAACUUGCCAGAGACGCUAAAUGCUCCUAUCUCGGAAAUCAAAUACAAGGUUUUACAACAAGCGUCGACCCUCUCCUCUCCUUCUACAAUCGCUGUGCGAGAGUACAUGGAUGGGAAUUUUUCUCCAAACACAUCGGAUUCAGCGUCAUGCUUGAUCAGUCCCUGCCAGGUUAAACUUCCGGACUUGAGACCAGGAACUGACUACAAGUUUUGGGUACAAGCAAUUCACAAAUCUCACUUGAAUUCACAGUUCGAGGAACCCGAUGCUCUUUCUCAAGAGGCGUCUGCCCGCACUAAAGACAUUCCUGGGACACUCAAGCCCGACAAUGUGACUGGUUCAUCGCUACUGCUCAGAUGGAACAGUUUGCAAGCAGAGCAGCUACCUAACAGCAUAUCAGUGCAAUACAAAGAGACUGCUUCUACCGGGAAAUGGAAGACUCCGUCAAACGCAUCGUUCGAUCCCUCUCUAACAACGAUAUUAGUGCGUAUCAAUGGGCUUCUCUCUGCCACUUCGUAUGAUUACCGUUUUGUCGCAAACUACUCGGGAACGUACACAAUUGAAAGCAAACCGAUACCAUUCGAAGAAUCGUAUUAUCAAGCAGUUAAACAGCAAAAAACCAAAGCUGGAGUGCCCACCGCGCCAUUACAUGUGGAAGCCAGAAUGGACGACGAAGGCUGGAUAGUAUCAUGGAAAGGACCAUCAAGUGACGGUGGAUCACCCAUCACCAGUUAUGCUGUUGAGAUGAGGCAUAACCGUUCGUCGGAGUGGGAGAUUGGGGAAAGAGGGCUAGAUGCUUGGAGAGUGUGGUGGAGACCUGCGAAGAGUGACCGACGUAAUUGGGAAUUUCGGGUGCGAGCGACAAACGCCGAAGGAUUUGGUGCUUAUGGCUACUCCAGCGAUAACGCUGCACCUCCGACUAUAGAACAGUCAACACAGUCAUGGCUUUACGUUGUUCUUUUUGUCUCUCUUAUCGCGAUCAUCGUGCUGUUGUCUCUAAUAUUCUUGAUGAUGCGAGCUAGAACGCGAGCAGCUCGAUUGAAAAAAGAACGCACACAGGACAAAAACUGCAUAACCUUGGAAAAAAUUGCUGGUCUUCACAGUGCACCGUACCAGCCGAUGCCUCCUGAAAUGCUUAACGAAAUCAAAAAUCUCCCGCAUGUACGCUCAGACUAUAUCCGCUUAGAGAAGAAGCUCGGCACAGGAAGUUUUGGGGAAGUGUGGGAAGGUGUCGCUACUAAAUUACCGAUGAGAGACAGAGAAACAAAAGUAGCUAUCAAGACUCUUCGUCAAGGUUAUGAAGAAGCGGAGAAGAUAAAGUUCAUAAAGGAAGCCAUUCUCAUGAAUAACUUCGAUCAUCCAAACAUAGUAAAACUUCUCGGAGUUUGCAUGGAAGGUCCAAAAGAAUAUCUCAUUCUUGAACUUAUGGAGGGAGGAGAUCUCCUAAAUUUUCUAAAAGCCAGCUCGCCCACGGAAUCGUUCCCAUCACAACUGUCGCUGCGUGAUGUCCUGUCCAUGCUUGUCGACAUCGGAAGAGGUGGUGCCUACCUGGAGUCGAAUCGCCACGUUCACCGCGACCUGGCAGCACGAAACUGCCUGAUCAGCUCCAAGUCGCCACAUCCACGACGCGUCACGAAGAUAGGUGCGCUGCAUUUCCCUCCAGAACAGAACGACGCUGACCCCGAUGAAGCGGAUUUUGGGUUGGCAAGAGGUGUCUACAACAGCGAGUACUACAAAGUUCGUGGCGAAGACUUUCUACCAUUGAGAUGGCUGGCUCCCGAGUGUAUCUCGAAAGGUGUUUUUUCGUCCAAAAGCGACGUAUGGGCAUUUGGUAUCUUGAUGUACGAAAUUGUAGGAAUGGGACAAAAACCAUAUCAUAACAUGGACAACAAUCAGGUUCUUGUCCAUGUGAAAAAUGGUGGAACUCCGGCAAAACCUGCAUAUUGCCCUGACCAGCUGUACAAAAUCAUGCAAUUGUGCUGGGCGUACGAAAAAGAACAGCGUCCUACCUUUGCUGAUAUCCUGACAAUGUUCGAAAAGCUUCGUGAUAAGAGCGAGUUCCAAGAUGAAAAGCCUUUCCCACCUUGUAGUGGACACUACGAUAAUGCAUUCGAUUUGUCUCAAGAUAGCACAUCAAGUGAAAAAAUGGGUUCGGAAAAAGGAGUCUCCAAUCAAGCAUUUUGUGACGUCGAGAGACUGUCGGAACAAAAUCGAUUUGAUAAAUCAAGUAAUGGAAAUGCCUCCACGAGAAAGGCCAUGCCAACCCUCGUUCGUUCGUUAAGGAAGGAAAACAAAGCAAAACCUUCGCCACCGCCCUCGCUUGCUGAUCUAGAUGCCAGAAUUCAGUCGAGCUCUGCCACUGCCACCAUACCCUCGCUGUCUAAUGAAACACUAACAACAUCAUGUGAUUACGGUUCGUCAUAUCAGUCACCUUCAUUCGCAUCCUCCUCUCGAUCUCCACUAGUUCUGGCAUCGAACUUGUCGGCGUAUGAAAUGCCAAAGAAAUCAUCGUUAACAGUAGAGAGUGAACACGCAGAUGACUCGCCUCACAGCCGCAGUUGGGCAGGGCCACAAAGCCGAAAUCGCGUUAACCAAUCGCAAGCCUUCGCUUUCUCCAUUCAUCCAAGCCAAAGUGAUGCCAACACUCCCCAAGUAACUACCCGAAAGAAUCGAACGCCUUUACCGACACCAUCCUCUUCCUACGACAGUAGGCGAAAAAGUCGUGUCAGUCAAGUCUGAAAAUCCAGAAUCUCCUUACAACAGACUAUUUUGCUUCUCGACGUUGUGGUGCUUGUUCACAGUUUCUCUGUUGGGAAGACUUCGUAUUAAUUGCCUUUCACUUCCUGCUCAAUGCGGUGCCAAAGAUACCACUUGAUUCUGCAACCAUUGUAUUGUUGACAUUACAUUGCACAAAAUUGUAUUCAAGCCUGAAAUUUUUCUCAUUUUACGUUCUUCUAUGUACUCAUUCCAUGAGAUGAUGUUCUCCGAUGGGAUUUAUAUGUUGUCAAAGUCCAUCUGAAAGAAGCGGAGCACGCGUAUGCAGAAAGUAAACGGUUUCGUUUUGA